CCCCAGAAGUCCGCUGGCUGCCUAGGCCCAGUCGUUCUUGCUUUCCCUUUAGUCUUCGGUCGCUGUCCCUGUCGCCGCCACUGCACCAUGGCUUUCGUAACCAGGCAGUUUGUGCGCUCCGUGUCUUCUUCGUCCUCCGCUUCGGCCUCGGCGAAGAAAAUUAUCGUCAAGCACGUGACGGUCAUCGGCGGCGGGCUGAUGGGCGCCGGCAUUGCCCAGGUUGCUGCAGCAACUGGCCACACAGUAGUGUUGGUGGACCAAACAGAGGACAUCCUGGCAAAAUCCAAAAAAAGUAUUGAGGAGAGCCUUAGGAGAAUGUCAAAGAAGAAGUUUGCAGAAAACCCUAAGGCUGGUGAUGAGUUUGUGGAGAAGACCCUGAGCAGCAUAUCGACCAGCACAGAUGCAGCGUCUGUUGUCCACAGCACAGACCUGGUGGUGGAGGCCAUUGUGGAGAAUCUGAAGGUGAAGAAUGAGCUCUUCCAAAGGCUGGACAAGUUUGCUGCUGAACAUACAAUUUUUGCCAGCAACACUUCUUCUUUGCAGAUCACAAGCAUAGCCAAUGCCACCACCAGACAAGACCGAUUUGCUGGCCUCCAUUUCUUCAACCCAGUGCCCAUGAUGAAACUCGUAGAGGUCAUUAAAACACCAAUGACAAGCCAGAAGACAUUUGAAUCUCUCGUAGACUUUAGCAAAACCUUGGGAAAACAUCCUGUUUCUUGCAAGGAUACUCCGGGGUUUAUUGUGAACCGUCUCCUGGUGCCAUACCUCUUAGAAGCGAUCAGGCUACAUGAACGAGGAGAUGCAUCCAAGGAAGACAUUGACACUGCAAUGAAGUUGGGAGCUGGAUACCCUAUGGGUCCAUUUGAACUUGUUGAUUAUGUUGGGCUGGAUACUACAAAGUUCAUUCUGGAUGGGUGGCAUGAAAUGGAUGUGAAGAACCCACUGUUUCAGCCCAGUGCAUCCCUAAAUAAGCUGGUAGCAGAGAAGAAGCUGGGCAAGAAGACUGGAGAAGGAUAUUACAAAUACAAAUGAUGCCCAGCUUCUCUGGCUUCGGGAAGAAGCUUCAUGAGUGUGCUCUAGCCAGCCCUGAGGGCCGUGGGGAUGUGUUUUGGUCAGGCAAUCCCUCACCCUGCACAGUCUGUUCAGUGUGCAUUUCGAUUGUAAUCUAUCUGAGGUAAUUAUUUCACUAGUCACAGUAAUUAUAGAUUCUUCCUUUGAGAACUAAUUUCCUUUUUUAGUCUAUUCAUUUCUAUGUAUUUUCUAAAAAACUUUACACCCUUAGUGCCUUGGAGCAAAUGUUUCUUUUGAACCUUGUCUUUUUUGUAAUGCAUUGCCUGAAUCACUCAGAAAGGGAAGGCCCUUCCUCUGAGAGUGAACUGCUGACUUCAUGUUGCUGUGCCUGCCUGUUACCGAGGCAGCAGCGCACACUGUGCAUCUAUGAGGGGCUGCAGCCAGUGGCACCUGCAUCUUGCCUUUCUGAGAACAUUUUGCUGCCUGCAGCUUUAAGCCUUAUCCUACAUCUGGGUGCACCUAAGAUGUUAUGUCUUUAUUCAGCUCAUCAUCAAGACACUGCUGCUGGAUUAGUGGGAAUCUCUAUGUAUGUUUGGUUUCCAGGAAGAAGUCUGUUUUCAUGCUCAUUCAUAUCUGCAAAUCUUAAUCAUUACUGUUUUUUUUUUCUUUUCAUAAAAAAUCAGUGCUGCAAACUCCUGUAAAUUGACUUCUAAUAAAAUAUAAUCUGUUAAUCUGAAAAUUUGGGAAUAAACAUGUAAUUUUAAAUGACAAAUACUUAAAUUAUUAUAAAAGUAAAAGGUUGAUGAUCCAGGCAGAAGCUAUGCCCCAUAUUCUCUGGCUGAUUGUUAUUUUAUAAAUUGGCAGUUAUGGUGAGGGAAUGGCAGAAGGCAUUUGUGUAAAACCCGCCUGAGGCUGUCCCUUUCACAUUUCUUACUAGUAAAGUAGUAAUAAGGGCACAGAGAGUGAUUUUUAAGGAACAUCUGUUUCUUCUUUGCCAACAAAGUGAAAUAGUGUAACAUAAGCUUCUUUUAAUCAUUGGCUUGAGAAAGUGUCUUCCAUGAUAGUAUUUAGGACUUGGAAAGACAUCAGAAGCCCUGAGGUCCAGUGGCCUCAUUAGCAGAGUUUAAGGGAUGUGCCCAAGGUCACCAGAUAAUUUUGUUGAAGAAUCCAGAUUAGAUCUAGGUUUUGAUGAUAAAAUUAAAUACACAAGAGUAAAUACGAAAAUCUCAAAUCUAAACUGCAAACAGGACUUUCCCCAAAAUGGAUGCCCUUGCAUAGUUCCGAUGGUUGACAGAUUUUUUUUUCCUUUCAUAAUUGAAGAAAGAUUAUUAAUUUUAAAAAUAUUCAAAUGUAUUUCAAAGUGAAAAAAUACAUACAUAACAUUUCUACCACUUUAGAAACUAGUUUAGGAAGCUUCCAGGCUAUUCUUGUAAAACAUUGUCUAACAAAAGGAAGUGCCUGUGCAACUGUGACCAUUUUCUCCUCUCAAGGUGACCCUGUGACCCAACGGCCCCCUGCUCACUCUCAGGCUGGCUCUUGAUCUUUGACAUGAACCAUAGCCCAGGAGGGGCUUUACUUCCUCAUUCUGAGCAGAGUCCACAUAGAACCUGAGCCUUCAUCCUGGAAAUAGCAGGACUCUGUCUUGCCCACUGAAUUCCAGGAAAGGGAGAGAACUCAGCACUGUGACUGUUGGACUGGGAGGGUAAGGGUCACAGUAGUCUUUCUGACUCAAUUUUAAAACACACUUUUAACCUACCCAACAGUUGAAAGCCCUGGCCUCUGAAUUGUUAUUUUUAAUUUUUUUUCCCCAUGCACCAGGAAGUGGGUGUUGAAUAUUGUCCUCUUCUUAAACCUGGGACUUGGGGAGUUGCCUCCCUUCCCAGCUCCUUGGUUCUGCAUUCUCAGGUGGGCAUGGUUCCUCCCAAGGAGAGCUGUGUGGCAGGAUGGUCCAUUAUAGCUGCUGCCAUUCACCUCAGCAUGUGUUUGGAAACCAAACCUGAAUGAGAACCCUAGCCGCCUAUGCUUUCCUGAGCUGUUUUGGCUGCCCUUGUUGAGGAAGGGCAGCAACCAUGAGUCUUCCUAACAUUCUAAAGUAACUACCAGAUCUUAGUUCAAAUAGUUUAAUUUCCCCCCCUCUACUUCCUCUUCAUGAUAUUUUUAUUCCUUAAGAAGUGAACAUUUGAAAUCGAAACCUUACAAUGUAUGAAAUGACUUGUUGGAGGAAAAAAAAAAAAGUCUCUGAA